AUGGUUCAAUCGCCCAUGAUCUCGUGUCCGCUUAAACAGACCAACGAAAUCGAUUGGAUCCAGCCCCUCAAGGACUACAUUCGCCAGAGUUAUGGUGAAGACCCCGAACGCUACAGUCAAGAAUGCGCGACUCUCAACCGCCUGCGCCAGGAUAUGCGAGGCGCGGGGAAGGACAGUGCGACGGGCCGCGACCUUCUCUACCGCUAUUAUGGGCAGCUGGAGCUGCUGGAUCUGAGGUUCCCCGUGGAUGAGAACCACAUAAAAAUCUCCUUCACCUGGUACGACGCCUUUACCCACAAGUCAACUGCACAAUACUCCUUGGCCUUUGAGAAAGCCUCGAUCAUUUUCAACAUCUCCGCCGUUCUUUCCUGUCAUGCCGCCAACCAGAACCGCGCGGAGGAUACGGGCCUGAAAACCGCCUAUCACUCCUUCCAGGCAGCAGCGGGAAUGUUUACCUACAUCAACGAGAACUUUCUACAUGCCCCGUCGACCGACCUGAACCGGGAGACUGUCAAGACCCUCAUCAAUAUAUCCCUCGCUCAGGGCCAGGAAGUCUUCCUUGAGAAGCAAGUGGCCGACCUGAAAAAGGCUGGUUUUCUGGCCAAACUAGCGGGCCAGGCAGCCUAUCUCUAUUCCCAGGCGGCGGAAGGGAUUCAGGAGCAUGCUAAGGGCGUAUUUGAGAAGGUCUGGUUGAUCGUAGUGCAGGCGAAGGCAACACACAUGGUCUCGGUAGCCUCCUACUACCAGGCCCUGGCGGACAGUGAGAGUGGAUCCCACGGCGUGGCUAUUGCGAGGCUGCAGCUGGCGGAGAAGAACUCGACUACGGCAUUGACUUGGAUCAAGUCGUUUCCGUCCUCUGUUCCGCCAAAUUCCAACCUGAGCUCCGAGACCGGCUCCAACCUGAUGGAGAUCAUCAAAUACCAUCUGGCCAAUGUGCAGGCCCGGCUCGCCACCCUCGUCAAGGAUAAUGAUUUUAUCUACCACCAGCCUGUUCCGAAUGAAGCGGGCCUCUCCGCCGUUGCCAAGCUCCCAGCGGCUAAGGCCAUUCCAGUCAGUGAGCUUUACCAGGGCCAAGAUAUCCAACGCAUCAUUGGGCCGGACAUCUUCCAGAAACUGGUGCCCAUGUCCGUCACCGAGACGGCCAGUCUCUAUGACGAAGAGAAAGCCAAAAUAAUCCGAGCAGAGACGGAAAAGGUGGAGACUGCGAACGGGGAAAUGGCCGCAAGCUUGGACUACUUAAAGCUGCCUGGCAGCUUGAACAUUCUCAAGGGGGGGAUGGAUCAGGAUAUGACGGUGGAUGACGACUUCAGGAAGUGGUGCCAAGAACUAGCAGGCCAUGCGUCGUUCACAAAAGCGUUUGACAGUCUGCAGGAACGCAAGUCGGAGGUCCUCGCGCAGCUGGACCAAUGCUCGAAGCAGCUCGAUCUGGAGGAAAGUGUGUGUGAGAAGAUGCGCUCCAAAUAUGGGGCGGACUGGAGCCAGCAGCCCAGUGUCCGACUGAACCCGACUCUCCGUGGGGAUAUCCGGACCUAUCGAGAUACUGUUAACGAAGCCAGCGCCAGCGACACCCAGCUUCUAUCCACAUUUCGACAGUACGAGGCAGACUUUGAUGAAAUGCGGUCCGCCGGGGAAACAGAUGAGGCUGAGGUGCUUUUCCAGCGAGCAAUGAUCAAGGCUGGCUCCAAGCACGGUAAAGGGAAGAACGGACACGUCAGCCCGUACACUUCAACCGCAGAGGGGAGCUUACUAGACGACGUUUAUGACGAGGGAAGUCUCUCGGUGGCAGACCAAAUCGCCAGGGUCGAAUCCAUUUUGAAGAAACUGAACCUGGUCAAGCGGGAAAGGUCCCAGGUUUUGAAGGACCUGAAGGAGAAGGUUCACAAUGACGACAUUUCGAACGUUUUGAUAUUGAACAAGAAGUCGAUUGCCGGGCAGGAGAGUCAGCUGUUUGAGGCAGAGUUGGAAAAGUUCCGGCCGCACCAAAACCGCCUGCUGCAGGCCAAUCAUAAGCAGUCUUCUUUGAUGAAGGAGCUUACGAAGAUCUAUGGCGACCUCCUUCAGGACAAACGAGUUCGGUCCGAGCAGUCGAAAUAUGAAACCAUCACCCGCCAACGGAACACUGUAAUGGCACGGUAUAAGAAAGUAUACGAGGCCUUUAAUGGUCUCAAGUCAGGGAUAGUCCAGGCCCAGACCUUUUAUGCGGAAAUGACGGAAACGGUGGAUAGCCUGAAGAAGAAUGUCGAGACCUUCAUCAACAACCGACGUUCAGAGGGGGCCCAACUUCUAGGACAGAUAGAGCGGGACAAAGCGAGUGGUGCAUCGGAGCAGGAAGACCGCGAGCGGGAGAAGUUGAGGCAACUGAUGGAGCGCCUAUCGACCGAGCCGAAGCCAACAUCCACCCCUUCUGCGCCGUCGGCCGCUCCAUCCAAGGUCAAAUCACCUCCGCCUCCUGUGCAGGCCCCCGGGUACCCUGGCCCCGGCGUAUCUUCUCCGAAGACGUCUCCGCGCUAUCCGCCCGGGGGAAUGCACGGUGUUCCUCUCUCUCAUUCUCCAGCGCCCUAUGGACAGUAUAUGAACCCCGCGAGUGGCGUCUCAUACGUCCCGGGGCAGCCAUUCCAGCAGGGAGCGGCCGCGCCUCUCUCUGAAGGCUAUAACCCCAUGGCAUAUCCAUUCCCACCAUCGGCUUCACCCCCACCGAAUCAGCAGUUUUAUUCCUCCACACCAGCCCCGUUCGGUACCUUCUCCGGUCCUACUCCUUCAACCACCCCAUCUCAAUUCAUGCCCCAGGGAUUCGUUCCGCCGCCGCCACCACCACGUCCCCAGCAAACCUCGUAUCCUUCCUCGUCGGGGCCAUUUCCCUCCGGCCCUGGAGGAUACGCCCAGAGCAGACCAUAUGGCUCAAGCCAGCAUCACAAGGCCCAGUCACAGUCUUCACAGUCGCACGGCCAGCCUGCCGCCUCAUCUGGUGAUCCCUGGGCCGGACUGAACGCUUGGAAAUAG